GCAAACAGAGUUCUUCCGGUCACUGUGUUUGGUUUGAAUCGAAGAAGAAUGCCAGUAAGGAGGAUAUUAGAGGCACUUUAGUCAACAAGAUGAAGAUCAAACAACGUUCAAAAACUACACCACUGCACCAAAAAACCAUGGGGACUAAACGCCAUGGAAACCUGGGUAUAACACAAACAGAACAUGACCCACAGUCAGGUGAUGACUCCACCGGCAGAGAUGAAUCAGAUUGUACCCAAGCACUUUCAAAGAGCACCAGUUCAAAUCAUUCAGAUUCUAGUACACUCCACAAGGAUCCUGUGGUAGUGCUAACCAGGUUGGCUGAGGUGGUGGUUAAGACACUUCUGAGAGACAUUAAAGUGUGUUUGGUGAAGGAGGUGAAGGAUGUCAGGAAGGAUGAAGACAACCAUGGAGGUUCUCCUCAAUUCUUUCCUUGUCCACACUGCACCAUCUCCUUUACUGACCGUUACUUCCUGGAGAACCACAUCAAGACCAAACACCAGAAGCAGUACCUGGUCAUGUUGAGAAGCCAAGUCUCAAAGAGUAAAAGAGUGUACGGCCCCACACACAGCUGUGCCCACUGUAGCUGCAUGUUCCAUACACCACGACAGCUAGACAUCCACACCCGCCAGGCCCACCCCUCUGCCCGUCCCCAGAAACCUGCCCCUCCCCGGAGAACUGGCCGUCCCCACAGGGUACAGGAGAAAUUCCACACCUGCCCGCAGUGCUCCCGCAGAUUCAAGUACCUGGGCAGCCUGCUGAAGCACUGCAAGAGUUUGCACAAAAUGGCUGUUAUUCUCACCAAUGGACACAUCAGUUGCGCAGACUGUGAGAAGAGCUUUGAGAAUUGCUGGGGCCUGGGGCCUCACCGGUGUCACGAACCAGAGGGCAAUAAACCUAAGGACGCUAAACAGAUGGUCAUUAAGGAAGUCGGCUUCCAAUGCUUAGAUUGUGGCAAGAUCCUCACUACUCCUACGAGCCUGAACACUCACAUGCGCAUCCACACUGGAGAAAAGCCAUAUGUCUGCAAGGAGUGUGGCAAGCGCUUCUCAGGUACAGGCGCUUACCGUUAUCACUUGUUAAUACACAAUGGGGUCAAGCCAUUCAAAUGUCAGGACUGUGGGAAGGCUUUCAAGCAGAAGUACCUCCUCAGGAAGCACAUGACUGUUCACUCUGGUGAGAGGAAGUACUCCUGCUCCCAAUGCGACAGACAGUUUGCAUACAGGGAGAGUCUGAAGCUUCACCUGCGCACACACUCCGGGGCGAGACCUUUCAAAUGUACUGUCUGUGGUAAAGACUUUGCUGACAAAGGUUAUCUGAAGAUGCAUCUGAAGAUCCACAACAACCAGAAAAACUACCAUUGUGGGGUUUGUGGGCAGAAAUUCAUAAGGAUUGGGGUGCUGAACGUACACCUGCGCUCACACACCGGUGAGAGGCCUUACCACUGCACAGUGUGUGACAAGCAAUUUGCCCGACUCGACCACCUGAAGAACCACCAGCGCACUCACACAGGUGAGAAACCAUACACCUGUACCGAGUGCAGUAAAAGCUUCACUCAGUCUGGAGAUCUGACCAAACACAAGCGCCUCCACACUGGGGAGAGGCCAUUUGAAUGUUCUGAAUGCCACAAACGCUUUAUCUGCUCUGCUUCUCUGACCCUGCACAUGAGGACCCACACUCACCGUGACGUAAAGCCAUACUCCUGCCAAGAGUGUGGGAAAAGCUUUUAUGAACAGAGUCAUGUGAACGGCCACAUGAAAAUCCACAAGGGGAAACGUUAUUCCUGCCCCCACUGCUUUCUCAGCUUUGCUCGCAAGUCCAACCUCUCCAAACACCUGCUUAGACGUCAUAAUCCUAUAUGAUAAUGAUAUAUAUUAACAUAACACCUUUUAUGAAACUCUGUUAUUCUUAUGAAUUAAAUGGAGGGGAGUCCGAUCUCUUUUGUCAGUGAUCGAUGUGUGACAUCAAAUUAGAAUGAAAUUUUGCCCCAUGUUUAUGAUAACGCUGCAAUGUUUUAACAAUCCUCCAGUUGGGUCACAGUGAGCUCCAUGUAUUGGGACAGUGAUGUUUUGUUUCUCCUGCAGUACUUUGGAUUUGAAAUUAUACAACGACUGAGGUUAAAGUGCAGACUCCGCUUUAAUUUGAGGGUAUUUUCAUCCAUAUCGGGUGAACCGCUUAGAAAGAACAGGAUUUUUUUGUACAUACAUAUUUUUGUACAUACAUAGAGUAACAACCUUGUUGUAAUCAAUAUGUGCUAGGACAAUGGGACCAAAUACUACACUUUUGACUACUUUUACCACGCAAGGAAUUUAUACCAAUUGUUUUAGUCCCCAUACCCCCCCCCCCUUUUUUUUAGGGGGCUAUGUUCAAGAAGUGUAAUUUCUAAACUGUUCAUAUGGAUAAAAAUACAAAUUAAAGCUGACGGUCUACACUUUAACCUAAUAAUCAUUGUAUCAUUUCAAAUAAAGUCUGGAGGUACAGAGCCAAAAGAACAAAACAUAAUUCACUGUCCCAAUACUUUUGGAGCUCUUUUGUUAAUAUUAUUGCUCUUUUGUUUUAUGGAUGUUUGCGUUUAACCAGUUCAAUGUAAGCUACAUAAUCCCCAAAAGUAAUUAUCACGAGGGCCAUAAAUGAUAACUAGUAAUGUUGCUUACUCAAAGGUUUAAAAAAAUCUCACUUCCGGUAAAAAAAUAGGUAUAGAUUGUUGAGGUCACUAUUGAGGAUACUAGCUCAAGUACACACAGUACAAAUGAUACAAUUCUAUUUGACAAAAUUGUAUGAAUAGGGCUUUGAAGUGUUUUAUUCUUUCUAGAUAUUGCUUAAAUUAUAAAAUGACACUAAGAUAUCAUCUUCCUUAACUUUAAAUUACAUAUUUGUUUAGUGUUAGAGAAUUCAUAUUUUCUGGAUGUUUCUCUUGUUCACAAUGUCUGACCCCCAUCGCUGUAAACAUCUCAGAGCUCUAGCUUGACUAUAUUAACUUUUUAGGAACACUCCUUUCAUCCUUAAUCAAUCUCUGAAUGUGCUACUGUAAUGAAACCACUCUCCUGCUGCGCUAUGAUGUAAGGAUUGCAGGCAUGUGCUUUGUCAGGAGCUGUGAUAUAGGGUUCAGCCAGGAGUUGGACAGUUGGUAGAGUGAUUGAAAUGGUAGAAGGGACAUCCCAGCUUCAAGUGGUGUUAGAUUUUACAUCACGCAGGGUUGGAACCGGUACCAGAACCACACAGGUCCCCCAAACAAGGGGCCUUAUGUCUAAGAGGUUAUAAACACACACAAAAAAAAUGUUUUAUUUGCUCUGUAUAAAAAAUUAAGAACGUAUGUACAGACGAUGGUUUCAUGAAUGAUUGACCUGGGGAUCAGUAGGCCAUAAUAAAUUCUAAAAGAUUAUCGUCAGUUUUGUUGUUGCUUUGUACUGUAUUUUUGGAAGAAGAGGAGCUUUUAUGUGAAGGUCACUUCCCUAGUAUUGUUAUAAACAUUACUUUUAAUGAAGGUUACUUACAUAGAGACCACAUUUGUU